CCAAGAUGCCUUUGGGUGGAGGAAGAAAAUGCUCCCGAUGCGGAAAGACAGUGUACGCUGCAGAAGAGAUAAAAACCAAUUCAUUCUCCUACCAUAAACUAUGUCAUAGAUGCUUCCUGUGUGACACCGGUUUGGACUCCAAGACGGUGUCUCCCCACGAUGAUGAACUCUACUGUAAGAAAUGCCAUGCCCGUAAGUUCGGCAUCAAGGGUAUCGGGUUUGGUAUAGGAGGAGGGGCCCUUGGCAUGGACGAAGGCGAACAACUCGGAAACGUUCCAGACCCAAGUCUAAGGGGAGCUCCAGCAAUAGCAGCAGCGUACGCCCAUUCCGAUCUGACGGGAGUCUCGGGGACCGGCGGUGACCGCUGCCCGAGGUGCGGCGGAUCUGUCUACGCCGCAGAAAAGAAAAUUGGAGCAAACAAUACUUGGCACUCUAAGUGUUUCACGUGCUUCAUGUGUAAUAAGCGGCUGGAUUCCACCACCUUGGCCGAUAAGGACGGCGAAAUCUUCUGUAAAGGAUGCUAUGGAAGGGGCUUCGGGCCUAAAGGAGUCGGCUUUGGCACGGGUGCCGGUUCGCUUGCAAUGGAUUAGACAAUGAAAAUUGGUAUUACAAUGAAACGUGUCCUGCCUGGACCAUCCCUUAAAUAUAGAUUUCUCGCUCCGCAACACAACGGAUUCAAGAACACAACAAAUAAAUUGAGGCUACCGUCAAAUGGCAAUAGACAGCUGGGAGGUCUCUGUUGGAAAUCGGGGAUCGGGAACAGCAGUUUCAUUCUAAGUUUCGGAGCUGACGAAAAAUUGCAAAUAUUGUGCCGUUUCUCCGGAGUGAACUAGGAAACUGCUGAUUAGAUUCACAAAUAUUCGACAAAAACCUUUUAGUUGUUCUUUGUCAUGGAGGGCGUUUGACAAUACCUUUUAUUUGUUCAAGAAUCCUCCGUACGAUGUGGAGCGAAUUAAAUCUCCCUCAUAUCACCUCUCCGGGAUCCACUCAUUAAUUAUUUUUAAGGGACUUCUCUAUCCGGUGCGUCCAAGAAAAAAAGGAAACCAAAAUUAUCGAGGUUUUAUCAUAACCUGAUCUCAAUGAUAAUAAAUGACACCUUGGUUUUUAAACUGCGCAAGUCGAUCUCUUAGCGCUUUGAAAUAUAAAUUAAGUGGACGAAAUGAUGAAGAAAUAAAGAAUCAUGUAAUUGGAAAGAAUAAUUGACCAUAUUUCACAAAUGCAAAAUCAAAUAAAACUUUUUGCAUUAGGAACAUCUACGAAUGAUAUACGUAAAUCUCAGUGCAUCCAAACUUUCUACAGUGUCGAUUUUGUUCUCGAAGUAAUCAGUGCAACCACAAUUGAAAAUAUUUUUUAAAUACAGUGAAAAUCACCAGCAUUUAUGUAAUAUAGAAUUAUUUAAAAGUGGAACCAUGUGAAAGAAGUAAUGAAAGAGCUGAACAAGGAACUGUACAUGCUCAGCAGAAUGAUAUCAUAUAAUCUUCCUGAACGUGAUUUGUUAACACUAUAUGGCCUAUACAGUGCGUCCCAGAAAAAAGAAACCGGAAUUCCCACAUUUUUUUCUCUUUAAAGGCAUAAUAAUUAUGAUAUUUCAUUACAUCAUCAUCUAAUUCGAUUAUCCCUCUGUCAUGUUGAUACCUUACAUGUGACGAACACUUCACGCAUUAAUGGGUAAGAAGAGUUUGAAAUUUUAAUGUCAAAGUCAUGUUGCGCAGAAAAGUUUAACAAGAUUUAGAUUUAGAUUUAUUCAUUUUCCGUUCACAAAGCAUAACAAAAUCAAACGAUAUAUAGUCAAAUUUAAAGUACAACAUCAAUCGGAAUACGGUAUAAACAAUGAGAACUAAUGCGAACUAAAGUAACUUUGACUAUAAUAACUAUAUAAAACAGAACGGAGGGGCUUGCCAAGAAAAGCAAAGCUUGUAUGAGAGGCAAGCCCCCGUAACUUAGUUUCAGUACGUAUAUUACAGAUUGGUUCGUGGUCACCUGUGCUUAUUCGACGAUUGGCUCAUCAACAUUUUCUUUUGCAUUCUUUGUUAAGUUUCUCUCACUGAUCCCUGAAAAUGAAAGUGCAUUCGGGUUAACACGUGUUUUUCUUCGCAAAUCGUUUCUGUUAGGCCUCAAUAUUUAUUGUUUGUAAUCUGCCAUGCGUGGAUGAUUUGCUAAGCCGUUGGUCUUACAUUAAGAUGAUAUUCCACUCUUGCCAUAAGUAUCAAUCCAUCCUAAAACGUUUAAUAGUUGUGAAAUUUAUCUCUGAAGAAAGGGUUUCCUAUUUUUGUGGGACGCACUGUAUAUGUAAGAAUGCUCCCGCGUCCCCUAUUAAACCUGCAAACAAUAUAGAGCACCAUUAAUCUAUCGAAAAUGAUAAUGUCGAAGCCAAUUGAGAUAGAUGACUUACGCUUUCACCACAGUUUAUAAUCCUUGACGAAACUGAAAAUUAUCUGUAAUUUCCUUGCUCGUCGAUUCACCAUUCAUGCACGUGAUACCAGUUGAAUAUAUUAAGGUAUUUUCAAGUAUAAAAUUAAUUACGAUUUAUGACAUAUUUAUGAAGGUAGGUUGUAAUCUGGUACAUUAUCGAGAAAAGAAAGGAAGAUUAAUUUAUCAAUACAAUGUGUCCGGUGACAUUCGAAUGUCAGGUUAUUGC